UCUCGCCCGACGCGUCUCCACUUCUCUUCAUUCGAUCCCCAGGAACUCUGCCAUCGGACGCGAUUGAACUCAUUCCUGGCUGUCGAACGCAAAGGGGACCACCGCCCAUCCCCUUCCCUUCCCGUUGGUCAAAUCCAACCCUCCCAAAACACGACCAAAACAUCACCACCACCAUCAACCUCCCCAAUGUCUAUGCACCGCAAAAUCGAACUCCAAUCCCCCGCGGACUUCACCUACCUCUACGCCAACACCGUCGCUCUCUCCCGACAGAAGCUUGAUCUCCAUCUCCCCCCGUCAGCCAACACAAGCGAUGGACCGGAUCCGAUGCGCGAGCGAGUCCGCGAACUGGUCGAUCAGUACAUAACCAAAACCUUCACCACCGCCUCUUCCUCCAUCAGCAUCAACGGACUGGAUUCCUCGUCCGAACAGUUCCCUUUCCCGGCGUCGUUCACGGCCCCCACGGAGACGGUCGAGUAUGAAGCCUACGACACGCAUCUCGCGGCGCGCGUGACCUCGCUCUAUGCGCAGCUGGAAUCGUUGACGACGAGUGUGGCGCAGGCGAGACGCGAUGCGCCGCGGAAGGCGGCGAAGGCGUAUGCGGAGCAGUUGCGGGCGGCGAUUGAGGAGGACGAGGGGGAGUUUAAGGAUGAUGAGGAUGAUGAGGAUGAGGGGGGCAUAGAUGGGGCUGAGACGACGAAUACGCAGACGGAGGAGGAGCAAGGGGAGAAGAAGGCAGAGGCACAGACACAGACACAGACCGAUGGCUCGACUACCGCGCGUGAGGGCGAAGGUGCAGACGUCGCGAUGCCAGAUGCGGAUCAACAGUCACAACCACAGGCUCAAGCACAAACACAAGCACAAUCCCAACCGCCAUCGAGGAAACGAAGCCACGAGGACCAGCCCGGCGACGAUGGACCUCCGCACCGGAAAUCGAAAUCCCGCAAGGCCCAGUGGGAUCUCAAAGUGCCCCUGGGAACGGACCACGAGGCUGAGCGAUGGCGCAAUGGCGAAGUGGCCGAGGUUUACGAGGAUGCGCUGCGGACGCUGCUUCGACUCCAGGGCGAAGGCGACGAAGAUGCUGCGGCAGGGGAGUCGACAUCGGACGGGAAUGCGUUGGCGUCGACGGUUGGGAAAGCCGAACGGGCGAGACAGGCCGUGGAGGUUGUGGAGAAAGUGUGAUCUUGUCUAUAUCAUGUUUAUCUGUUGUUUUUUUAAGUACUUGGCGUCAGGCAUGGAUGGAAUGAUACCAAUUUC